GCCAUCUAUCACUUUCCCCGUUUGCGUUUUGGCCCGAAUCUCCGUCUCCGUCUCCGUCUCCAUCUCCAUCUCCUAGCCGCCGCGGCUCCACUCCUCAGUCCUCAGUCCGAAGCGAACUCUCCCUCCGCAUCCACUGCCACCAUGAGCCGCGAUCGCUACUUCCACCGCCUCCUCGACCUCCACCUCCACGCCAACGACGACCUCUUCUUCCCCUUCCCUACCCCUGCCUCGUCCUGCCCCUACAUCACCGCCUCCUCCGCCCACCACCGCUUCCUCCUCGACGACCACCCCUUCUACCCAACCUCCUGCCCGCUCGGCAUCACCUCCCGCUCCCCGAUCGACGACACCUUCGACCUCGACCUCCUCCUCCCCCUCCCCCUCCACGCCGCCGUCUCCGCGCCCCCGUGCGCGGCCUUCGACUUCGACCCCUUCCUCCUCGACACCCUCGGCCACCGCAUCUCCGUCCUCGAGCGCGCGCUCGCCCUCGCCCCACCCCGCCGCAAGUACACCUACGCCGCCGAGGCCAACGGCAGGAAGCUCAAGUGGACCGCCGAGGACAGGCCCGCCGGGGGCCGCAACCUCAAGUGGGAGGCCGAGCUCAGGACCCCGCACACCGACGGCUUCGACCGCAAGUGGAAGUGGGAGUCCAAGGAGUCCGCCACCGGUUCCACCAAGGUCAAGUGGGCCAAGGAGAUCAAGGGGAAGGGCUGCCUCGAGCCUUGGUCCAACUCCUACUCCGUCGAGGAGACCUACGGUGAGGAUGACCAUGCCGACGACGACAGGGAGAAGAAGAAACCCACUGGCGUCCAGAAGAAAGUCAAGGGGGAAAACAAGCAGCAGCAGAAGAAGCAGGGCAAUGUGGAGAUCGUCGAGAUCGAGGACAACACUGCCGGAUGCGUCGCCAUCAGAAAGGCUUUUGAAAUGAACCACUGCAAGGGCAAGAGGAAGGAACUUUCCCCACAGGAUGCCGCACUGCUCAUCCAGAUGAACUACAGGGCGCACCUGGCCCAUCGCUCCCAGGUGCUCCGUUGCCUUCGCGACCUCGCCGUCGCCAAGGCCAAGCUCAAGGAGAUCAGGUCCUUCUUCUACAACAUCACAUACCGCCGCCGCAUCGCAUAUGACAAUGAAGAGCGCCAGAGGUUUGCUGAGAAGAUCAUUGUCCUGCUACUGACAGUUGAUGCCCUUGAGGGACCGGACUACAUGGUCCGCAACGCAAGGAGGUCCAUGCUGGAGGAGCUGGAGGGGAUGCUGGAGAUCGUGGAGCCUCAGCCGCCGGGGAAGCCGAGGACGCUUAGCCGCAGGAGGUUCGAUCUCCCAGAAGGCGGAGCCAUCGAAAAGGAGACGAGGGAGGAGGGCAAGUGAAGUGCAUCGGUGGGUGGUGGCAUGCUUGGGCAGUUUGGUAUGCGCGAUGCGGACUAUAGAGUUUGAGUUUGUGCUGCUACCGAACCGUGGACCACCUUACCCCGUUGAGAUGUUUGAUAGCUGGACUUUUUGUGCUGUUGUAUUUGUAGACCAGAACGUUGUUCUUUGUAAUAAAUUGGCGUGUGCUGCUUUUUGCUAAUAUUCGCUUGGCUUUAAUCUGUACCGUGUUCUACUACCUGAACAAUGUUUUUUUCUCGGUGGACUGAAGUAUCAGUUUGAAUAGCUAGCUUUAAUUUGAAGCG